CAUUAUAUGUACAGUGUUAACAUAUAUAAAAUCCGUAGGAACGUGUUGUUAUCAGUACAUCUGCAGUCUUUAUUAAAUAGAAAACACUAAACACCGUCAUUCUGUAAACUAAUUAAGCGUUGUAAUUUUAUGAAACUAUUCACGUGUAAUAUUGAACCUUUGUGUAAAAACCUUUUAAGAGUAACCGAGAGUGUAGAGUGCUUUAUCUCCGGUGUUUCUUUUCGUGCGUAUGAUUUUUAAUAGCUGCUUAAGCGCGUCAGUUAAUAAAAUGUAUUCGGCCUGUAUGCUCACCAAGGGUUUAUAAUUAUGUGUUUAAAAGAUUUAUUAUUUUAGACAUUCGUGUAUGGGAAACUGAACAGUAUGAACGUGGAAAAGGCUGAGAAUAAAAGGGAUUACAAUCCUUUUGAACAUCGAAAAGUUGAGAAGCCAAACUCAGAUUUAAGGUCAACAGCCAACUUAAUUAAAGCCUCUUUGGGGUCUGGUUUGCUUGCUGGACCACUAGCGUUCGCAAAUGCAGGAUGGGGAGUCGGACUAUUCGGUACAAUCCUAGUAGGAAUCAUAUGUGGACACUGUAUUCAUAUAUUGGUGAGAACAUCACAGCGAUGUUGUGUAUUGGAGAAGAAGCCGUCGUUAGGAUACGCAGAGACAUGCAGAUCCGCCUUCACGAAUGGACCGAAGGCCAUGAGAAAAUUCGCUAGUACUGCCAGCGUGUUCGCUGAAUUUUCAUUACUAUGCACGUAUGCUGGAGUUUGCUGCAUCUACACUGUAUUAAUAUCGGAUUCAAUAAAACAGUUGGUUGACCGAUACGCUCCAUCAACGAUCCUACCGGUGGAAUACUACUGCCUCAUGAUACUAGUACCAAUAAUACUACUAUGUCAAAUCAAGUACCUGAAGUUCUUAGCAAUAUUCUCAGGGAUUGCCAACAUUUUGCUAGUGGCUACAUAUAUUAUUUGCCUAUAUUACAUUUUCUCUGGAGAUAUAUCCUUUGAGGGGAAAGUUGCAGCUGGACAUCCUGCUAGAUAUCCUGUCUUUUUAUCGACAGUGAUCUUCGCAAUGGAAGGCGUUGGCGUGGUGAUGCCGAUUGAGAACACUAUGAAGAAACCACAGAACUUCCUAGGCUGUCCCAGUGUGCUGGUGGUAGCCAUGUCAGCAAUCGUCUUUCUUUACGGCACUCUAGGAAUGUUUGGGUAUCUCAGAUAUGGAGAUGUUUUAAGAGGAUCUAUCACCCUCAACUUGCCUACUGACGAAUGGCCUGCUAUCCUAGCAAAAGUUUCCAUUGCGCUGUCAAUAUUCCUUACAUAUCCUCUACAAUUCUACGUGGUCAUCGAUAUCUUCACGAGGUACACUCAAAAACACAUCAAAGUGAACUACCGGCAAAUCACUCAAGUUAUUGCUAGAACCGUUGGUGUAUGUUGUUGCGUUGGUAUAGGCAUGGCUCUACCUUUGCUAGAACAAAUCAUCAACAUCGUCGGCGCACUAUUCUACUCCAUCCUUGGCCUCAUAAUCCCUGCCAUCAUUGAAACCGUCUUCCGAUGGGAAAACCUUGGUAAAUGGAACUGGAUGUUAUGGAAGAACUUAUUUAUCGGUAUUUUUGGCAUGGUCAGCCUCGUGUCUGGGUGUACCGUCACUAUUCUUGAUAUCAUAGAGAUUUUACAUCGUAAGACAGUGUAAGUUAUGUAAGUAUAGGUGAAUAAGAUAAGUAGUUUAUAUUUAUUAUAAUUAAGACUAUAAUUUAUUUUUAAUGUUAUUAAAAUUUGUUUUGAGUUA